AUGGCCUCGCAACUCCAGGUCGUCCGUGCAGUUGAAGGUGGAGGGGAUGCACAAACCUCGCGGGUCGUGCUGGCAUCCGCAUUUGCCGCUGCGCAUCCCCCGGGAAUGAGCCCCACCGUGCUCAUCGUGGAAGCGUGGGAGAAACCGACGUGUAACCCGUCCUGCCGACUGCACAAAUCGGCCAACGGCGAAUUGGCGUGGAGCGCUGGUCGCAAAGGCCCGGACACCUAG